AUGCAGAGUUUAGCACAAGCAAGCUUCAUUCACAUAAAAAUUUUGCCUUACCAUACAGUUCAUGUUAAAAAUGAUGAAAUUACGGGCAUCACUGUUACAGUUGAUAUUUCCCUGCCUGUACUGGUGGAUACAAAGGCUGUGCUCUUUUGCUCUCCUAUCCUGUUGACAAAUGUGAUCAUGACAACAUGGGAAAUAUUCCUCGGAGACAAGCCUCCCUGCAUCAGAGCUUACAAGAGAGACACAAAUGAGACCACAGAAACAAACUGCGCUGACGAGAGAAUGACCUGGCUCUACAGACCCACCCAGAUUCCUGCCCUUCAGAUUGACCCAGUGGCCAUCACUCAUGAAGGGCAUUACAGGUGUAUAGUGGCAGCAUAUGGUGGGAAUUUCUUUUAUGAAUAUCAACUCCGAGUGUUAGUGGCCCCUGAGGUGACUCUGUUUCAAAGUGAGAAUAGAACUGCAGUGUGCAAAGCAGUUGCAGGGAGGCCAGCUGCCCGGAUCUCCUGGACCCCAGAGGGAGAUUGUGUCCCCGAGUAUGGAUAUUGGAGCAAUGGCACAGUGACUGUCCAGAGCAUGUGCCACUGGGCAGAUGGCAAUGUGUCUAUUGUGUCCUGCUCUGUCUUCCAUGAGACUGGCAACUGGAGUCGAUCCAUAGACCUGAAUCCAGGUGCGAGAACCCUGGAAUUUCCAGUGUCACACUUACUGAUCAUACUCUAUCUGAAAUCCUUUAUUUUUUUGGUUAUCCUGGUCAUCAUGGGUAUCAUCUACUUCCAGAGGAUAAACGAUUGCAGAGCACAAGAAUAAAAAAUCUGGA